GGAUGCUGCUUUUCUGCCCGGCCUGCGGGAACGUGCUGGUGGCUGAGGAGGGCGCCCGCUGCCACCGCUUCGCUUGCACCACGUGCCCCUACGUGCGCAACGUCACGCGGAAGGUGACGAACCGGCGCUACCCGAAGCUGAAGGAAGUGGACGACGUGCUGGGCGGGGCCACCGCCUGGGAAAACGUCGACUCGACGGCAGAGCCGUGCCCCAAGUGCGGGCACCCGCGCGCCUACUUCAUGCAGCUGCAGACGCGCUCGGCCGACGAGCCCAUGACCACCUUCUACAAGUGCUGCAGCGCCCGGUGCGGCCACCGCUGGAGGGACUGAGCCGCGCACGGGGAGGGGAGUCAAUAAAGGUCCCCGGAGGAGUA